AUGUGCAGCCGUGCGAGGACAGCCGAAGUUCAGCAUGUGGUACCUUUUCCUGUGUUCCCAGCAGCUGUUGCGAUCUCACAGAGAGCUCUUGCCGCACGUCUCACAGCUCAAUGGCUUCGUGGAGAAGUGCGAUCAAAUGGAGCUCCAGGUGUAGCUGUCGGUCGAGCCAAAGCUGCUGUUGCUCCACGGCUACUCAACCUCGUCGUACAUGUUCCGCAACCGGAUUCCGCUGUUGUCGGAGUGUUUUCACGUGAUUGCCCAGAUUUGCCUGUAAUCGAGUUCGCCGAGCCGCUUUCGGCUACAUCACUUAAGAGCAUCACCGAGACGAUCGUCCAGCUUGUCAAGAAUCUCGGCUGGAAAAAGUCUUCCGAGCACGUGUUUAACUAUGGCUCGCCUGUUGGAAUAAGAGUGGCCAUUGAAGAACUUCCCGUAUCAGUUUCGUUGUUUCACAGAAACGCUUACAAUUCCUGA